AAGGACGGGAGACAGCAAAGUUUCGGAGUGCCAGCUGAAAUGCCGAACGAUACGGGAGACUUUGAACUGGAACCAGCGAAAAAAACGUGGGGCGAAGGAAUUGAGACCAGGGGUGAGGAUUCCUGGACCAAAACUGUCACCAUCGAAGUAGUCGAUGCAUCGAUGCCUUCUAAAUAUGAAUUAGAUGCACGAGGAGCCCCAAAUGUUGACUACUGCGACUUGGAGGCAGGGAAACAAGCCGUGGUCGAAGAAGCUGAAAUAAUGGCACAGAGGGACCUGUGGAGCGGAACUGUCCCCAUCUCUAAGGUCCCUGAGCGACACCGUGCCGGCGACGAGAGCAGCUUCACCCCACACGACGUGGCGAUCGGCCCUUACCACGCCAUCAGUUCCUCGUUCCCACGGAUUGAGAAGCAGAAGCUGUGCUGCGUAGGUUUCCUCCACAGCCUCUCCGAGCAGCGAACGGAAGGUGGUCUCAUGGGUCUGGCGGAGAAACUGGAGCCCCUGGUGAGGGCGUGCUACGACCCCGACGCGGUGAGCCACAUGACGCCGGAGCAGUUGUCGACGAUGCUGCUGCGUGAUGGGUGCUACCUCCUGGCUUGCAUGGUGAACUACCUGGACAUCAUGGCAGCAGCAGCAGCAGCAGCUAACAACAACAAGAAUGCCGACAAGUUAGCACACCGCUGCUCGUCAAGUAGUGGUAAAGACGUGGACUCAUCAUCAACCGGCGGCGGCGACAGCACGGUGGUGCGCGACACCGUCUUCCUCGUGGAGAACCAGAUACCUCUCUUCGUGCUGCAGAGGAUCCAUGAGCGCGUCACAGGUGAAACCACCAGCUCCGCCCUCGAACGCAUAGCACUUUUUGUCCGGAAGCAGCUGCAGGUACAGCUCUACAUCAGCAAGAAGCAGCAGCGCCCGGCUCCGCCUCAGACAUCCCACCUGCUGCACCUAGUGCACGCCUACAUCCAGCCAACAAACAGUAGUCUACCUCAGGCUUCCAUGAAAGAGAAUACAAGGGCAUGGCAGCGCACGGGUCGGUGGCACCGCGCAGUGGAGUAUCGCACGCAUGGCAACGUGCGUUUCAAGCGCCGGGUCUUCAAGGAAGACGACGUGUGGACCAUCCUUGACGUGCGCCUUCAAGGAGGCACGCUGUGGAUCCCUCGCCUGCGGGUCGACGGCAACACCUGGACCAUCCUGCGCAACCUGAUGGCGCUGGAGGAGCAGAUUCCCCGGCGGCCGGUCACGGCCUACUGCCUCUUCAUGUCGCAGGUGGCGGGCACGCCGGAGGACGUGAAGCUCCUGGUGCGCUCAGGGACCGUGGAGCACUUCCUCGCCAGCGACGAGCAGGUCGCGCAGGGCUUCGCGGGCCUCUGCAGGGGAGUGGUCAUGGACGUCGACAACAUCGACAGGAACUACCUCAAGCCCUUGUGGCACGAGAUGGAGGAGCGCUGCGACAGCCGCGUCCACAGGUUCAUGGGAUGGUUCUGCCAGCUCAAGAACAUUUGGAGUGCCAUUGCAUUACUUGUGGCUCUCAUCGUCGUCGCCUGUCAACUGACGCAAACGUUCUAUGCAGUUGUUAGCUAUAGCCGCGGUGGACAACAACCGAAACCUUAAUUAGCAGUGUCGCUUUAAGUAAUAUUAGGCCUGGCCCACUUAAUUAGGAGCAAAGGAAAACCAUAGGAAUUUUGAAGGGUUCCAAUCUGAUAUCUAGAAAUUCCUGUGUUUUCCCUAUCUUGCAUCCUAAGACAGCUUUCUAAACUUUCAUGCAUAUGCAUUUUGAAUUCAUGUAGUAGUGGCCAACUUUCGUGUAACCUUUAUUUCCCCCUUUUGAGAAUAAUAUGUUAUCUAGAGACACUAGCUUAAUCAUCAGUUGUAUGCAUGCACGGGCUGCUAGCCCUGAUGUGUUUAUUUAUGUGAUCUUUCAACAAAAUACUCAUCAGUUGUCGACUGAGCUUA